UCCUGGUAACGAUGGCAGCCGUGGGGCGGACGGAGCCGCUGCGAGAGCCCUGCUGCUACUUGCGCCGCUUCCGAGUGGAUAUUAAUGUUAAGAAGCCCCUUCAACCUACCCAUCUAAGCAGUGAGCAAAUAGCUGUGGAGAUCUGGUCACUCUGUUUUCAGCUUGAUCUUCUUAUCCGGGCAGAAGUUCAUCAGCUACAGGAACAGCUUAGUGAAGAUAAAAGCCCUGUGGAAUCAGAAUCUUUUCAUACAAGAGGUAUAGAUUAUGUUGAAAGAAUCAAACAUUAUCUGGAGCAUCUACCAGACCCUGUUCCACAGCUGGAGGACUACCUGGAUUCUCAAGGAUUGUCAACAUUAUUUCCCCGUGUUGAAAUAUAUGUGAUUCAUGGCAGACCUGUUGAUAUGCUGGAACGGCCUACUGCAGAUGAUUACUUUUCCCAUAUUGGGAAACUAAAUCAACUUUUGGUUUUAAGUCAACAACUGGAAGACGAUGUUCAGCAUUUAGGAAGCCAUAAGUACAUAGCACAUCAGCUUUCAGUCUUGUAUAAAGUUCUGAAUUAUUUCACUGGAUAUAUUGCAUUUGAUGUACUAAAAAGAGACAUUGAAGCAAAUUUCAAAGCUUUAAAAUCUGGAUUGGCUGUCAGUGAGAAUUCUGAACAGGAGCCUCUGCUACCAUGUCAUUAUGUAAACUGGAUACUCAGUCUUACUCGCAGCAUCAUUAAAAUUGUGUCAACCCUUCCUGAAGAGCUUACUGAAGAAUUCUCUUUGGUCAUGUCUAUUGCUGCGAAUCUGAGAUAAUGCUCAUAGCAUGAAAGCUCUCUGAGGAUGUUAGAGACUUUAAGUAAUUAUAAGUUGCACUGAAGAUCAAUCUGAAAAGAAACAUCAGUUAGUUCUUUGAGAACUUAAUGGCCAAGAAAUUCUAUUGAGUAACGCAAUGGUUAUAUGUGCUACCCGAUUGAAUUUCUACCAAUAAAACAUUUUGUUAAAGGAAAUCAGGGACUUGUUACAUGAAUAAUAAAGUCUGCAAUUUGUGCUUCUGGUGCUUAGAUGUACGUAUACAGUAGUAUUCAAUGGCAUACAGUACAUGCCAUGACGAAACGUCCAUGAUUUUCACCAGUAGGUUUUGGCGCUCUGACCAGAGAUGCAGAAAAACGACUUUGCAACGUAUAUAAGGCUAGACACAUCAUAGGGUAAAGAGAGCCUUAGGCCAUGGUAGGUCCAUUUUAGUUGAAAAACUUGACUCUUGUGGCAGUUCUUCCCCCGUGCACAACAUUUCUCACCUACUUUUGGUAAACAAUACCCCAUAACCUAAUUGCAACACCAAUUUUAUUUUAUUUUAUGUCCCCUCCCCAAACCUCAGCCCAGUUGUGUCACCCUAUCUGUAGCCAUACACCAACAGCUGAUUUCCCCAAUACAAUUCCUCAGUUCUCAGGCUUCUUUCCACCACCCCUCCCUCCACCACACCCAAACCGACUCUCAAACUGGACAAUGCAUCUUGCCUUCCAUGUGGCGGCACGGUAGCGUAGUGGUUAGCGCGACGCUGUUACAGCGCCAGCGAUCGGGGUUCGAUUCCCAUCGCUGUCUGUAAGGAGUUUGUACGUUCUCCCAUGUCUGCGUGGGUUUCCUCCAGGUGCUCUGUUUUCCUCCCACAUUGCAAAGAUGUACGGGUAGGUUAAUUUGGGUUUAAAAUGGGCGGCGUGGACUCGUUGGGCCGGAAGGGCCUGUUACCAUGCUGUAAAUAAAAUUGAAAAAAAAUUCCUAGAAUACUUAUCAUUCUGGUUUGCAUUGUGUCUCAAAUGAUUCCACUCUCUGGUUUCCAACAUGUUCUAACUGUUAAUAAUGCUUAAGAGCAAAAAAUCCCUUCCUGAUGUUUGUCAUCAAUAUACCUUUAACAGCUUGGUUUGGUUUAUUAUUGUCACGGGUACCGAGAUACAGUGAAAAGCUUUUGUUUUGUGUGCCAUCCAGACAGAUCAUGCCAUACAUAAGUACAUCAAGGUAGUAAAAGAAAACUGAAUGCAGAAUAUAGUGUUCCUGUUACAGAAAAAGUGCAGUGCAGAUAGACAAUAAAGUGCAAAGGCCACGAUGAGGUAGAUUGGAAGAUUAAGAGUUCAUCAUGGGCGGCAUGGUAGUGUAGUGGUUAGCUAUUACAUUGCCAGUGACCUGGGUUCAAUUCCACGCUGUCUGUAUGGAAUUUAUAUGUUCUCCCCGUGUCUGUGUGGGUUUCCUCCCACAUUCCAAAGUCGUACGGGUUAGGAGCUGUGGGCAUGCUAUGUUGGUGCCGGAAGAGUGGCGACACUUGCGGGCUGCCCCCAGCACACUCUCAGUAAUGCAAAAAGAUGCAUUUCACUGUGUAUUUCAAUGUACAUAUGACUAAUAAAUAUCUAUAUAUCUUUUAGCAUAUGAGAGGUCCGUUCUGCAGUCUGAUAACAGUGGGAAGUAAUCUGUCCUUGAGUCUGGUGGUACAUGCCCUCAGGCUUUGGUAUCUGCUGCCCAAUGUGAGAGGGGAGAACAGAGAGUGGUGGGGAGGGGGAGUGGUUAGUUGUUUCCCCGAGGCAGUGGGAAGUGUCGAUGGAGUUAAUGGAGGGGAGGCUGGUGUGUGUGAUGGACUGGGCUGCGUUCAUAAUUCUCUGCAAUUCCUUGUGGUCUUGGGCAGAUCAGCUGCCAUACCAAGCUGUGAUGUAUCCAGAUAGGAUGCUUUUUAUGGUGCAGAUUUGUUCUGUAGUCCCAUUGUAUUUGAAGGUAGAAUUUUCCUCAAAGCACACUGCAAUGGCAGAGCAUGUAAGAUAAGAUAAGAUCUUUAUUAGUCACAUGUACAUCGAAACACACAGUGAAAUACACCUUGGAGGAAUGUAUGUAUGUACAUACAUGGAGGAAUGGCCUUUGCAUGUGCUGUGGUGCAAGACAAGCUAAGUGGCAUACAAUGUCUUGGGUCACAUGGCACAGAACUUUCCAAUAGCCUGUUGUGCAAUUCUGAUCUAACCUACUCCCCCUCUGCUAAUUACCCUAAAGCCCUGCAAUCUCUCACUCAUAUGCUUAUCAACUCUUUGAUUCUUUUGCCAUUUACUCUAAGAGGUAACUUACAGCUGAUUAACCUACCAGCACAUCUUUGGUAUGUGGGAGGAAACCAAAGCACCAAGCAAAAACCCAUGCAGUCACAAGGAGAACAUGUAAAUUCCACACAGGCAGCACCUGAGGUCAGGAUUGAACCCGGAUCCUUGGAGGUGUGAGGCAGCAGCGUUAACUGCUGCGUUAAUGUGCUGCCAGCUCUUAGUUGUAUUCCCUCCUCUAUUUACUCUUUGUGAAUGGAUAUAAGAGAGAGAAUAUUGUCUAUCCAUUGAUUGCAUGGGUAAUGGGGGUUGGUUGAUGGUGUGAUAAUUCUGUCAAUAUGUAUGCACAAACUCUUUAUGUUGUAAGUGCUACGAAAAUGCAAGUUGUCAUCAACAGGAGGCACUGGAUGGCAUUCAGGGGCAGGGAUCCUGGUUGCUUUCCUUCCUACCACUUUGUAUCCCAAGAACCAUCAGUAGCAUCCCAUAUAGUGCUUUGGCUGAGAUUAACUUGAAUAAAAAAGCAGGAAUCAGACCUCUUAAUUUGCAGUUUAAUUUGGCUUAGUUUCAACAACAUAUUUACCUAUUUGAGGCAUCAGCAGACUCUUCUAAACCUGUGAUGAUCAGAGGUGUGUGUUCUGUAAAACAAAAUGGAUAAAAUAUCACAAAGGUAUAAUAAUGCAGAUGCUGGAAAUCUGAAAUAAAAAUAGAAAAUGCAGGAGAUAUUCAGUGGGUCAGUCAGCAUCCGUGCAGAGAGAAAUAAAGCAAACAUUUCAGGUUGCUAACCUUUCAUCCUAAUUAUUUAUACUUAUUUUGUAUCUCUUGAAUGGGAUACUUUGCUUUGAUGAAGCAGAGGUAGCACAUAUUUUGAAAGAAUUUUGAUACUGAAGUGAUGAAACUUCAAUCCUUAACAGAGUGAUAUAGAACAUUAGUAGUAUUAGGGCAGCAAACAAGCAAGCUUUCACUCGAGAACUUUUUUUUCACUUUUGUGGUUACUCUGACUUGCACGUCCAUGAACAGGGUAAAGGAUUGUUAGGAAAGCAAACAAUUUUUGGCUUUAUUUGUGGCAGCUGAGACAAUUCCCUGUUCUUGAUAUCAUUAAAGAAGCAAAUUUAUUUCAUUAACAACAUCUCAACAAUUUCUAAGUUUGCCUAAUUAUCUACACUCACAGGCACGUACAAGUUAACUUCACCCCCUGUGAUUCAUUCGUAAGAAAUUAAUCAGUUAAUUCCUCCCUCUCAUGUUGUUUAUAUCCAAUUUAUUCACAACAUGGAUUUGGAUAAAGAAUCGCCUUCAGCCAAAUGCACCUCGUCUUUCUAGAAGAGUUAUUAUGGUUUGCAUUGUCUCUCAAAUGAUUCCAGUCUUUGAUUUCCAACUUGUUCUAACUAUUGAUAAUGCUUUGCAAGCAAAAAUCCCCUCCUGAUGUUGUCAUAAAUAUAUUUUUAAUAGCUUGCAAAGAUUUGUUCAGUACUCCUAGUGUAUUUGGAGAUAAAGUUUUUCAUUCAUUUGGAAAAUAUGCCUCCUGAGUGACUUGUAUUAGACUUGGGUCAGUGGGAGUGCUGAGCAAUAAUAAAUCAGAAGGUUGUGGGUUCAACCUCUGCUUCAGACUUGACAGCACUAAUUUGACCUAGCACUUUGAGGGAGCGCUGUGCUUUCAGAGCUGUUGUCUAUUGGAUAUCCAAAAAGUGGAGUUAGAAGAUCGUGUAGCAAAAAUAAAACUGCUGGAGGAACUCAGUGGGUCAAGCAGCAUCUGUGGAAGCGGGAUGGUUAACAUUUUGGAUCAGGACUGAGAGUGUAGAGAAAAU